AUGAGUUUGUGGGGAGUGAUGGGAGGAGGAUGGGGAAUGGUAGAAGAAGGUUGGAGAAAAGGGCCAUGGACUGCCGAAGAAGACCGUCUUCUGAUCGAUUAUGUGCGGCUUCACGGCGAGGGCCGAUGGAAUUCUGUGGCGAGGCUCGCCGGGUUGAAGAGAAAUGGCAAAAGCUGCAGAUUAAGAUGGGUUAAUUACCUUAGACCAGACCUUAAGAGAGGACAAAUCACUCCUCAUGAAGAAACCAUUAUCCUUGAGUUACAUGCUAAGUGGGGCAACAGGUAA